AUGGACACCACAGUAACCGCUACGAACGGGCACCAUCACGACCCACCGCAAUCAGAAUCACAAACACAACCGCUCUCUUUCGAUACAGACAUUUUCCGGACCUACUUGCUCGCCCUCUUACCACCCGUCAUUGGUGCUCUGCCAUCCGAGUUGGACUCGUUAUUUGAUGACGAGUUUGAUGAGCGUGUUGCUAGGUUUGCGGCCGAGUCUGGGGGAGUGGUGUAUAUCGUUAAAGUGAAAGACGAGGUGGAAGAUGACGGAGGAACACUGACAUACACGUACCACCUCACCCCACAUCUAACUUACCACUCAACACACGUCACAACGCUCGCGCUCAUAAAACGAACAACGCACCUCGACCCACUUGUACCGCUCUCUGCGCAGCUUCACUUUCUUAACCUUUUUGGCGGUGACGAGACGCCGUACGAAUCUUUACACGCCGUGGUAAGCUGCGGAGUUAAGCCAUGGUUCGACGCGUUUGUAGGAACCAGGGCAGGGGCUGGGAAAGACGCAGGAGGUGGAGGUGGAGGUGGAGAAGCCAAGUUGGGCAUACCAAUGACGAAGAAAAAGUUUGCCGAACUCGAGUUGAGUUUGUUGCAUUUACAACAAAACGUGGAGAUUCCGGAGACAAAUUUGGUUGUUCAUCCUGUGAUUCAACGGGCUGUUGAGUUGGCCCAAUCGCAAGGCCAACGACCCAACAUCUCUCACAUCCCAUCAAAGCUCCUCACCGACAGCACAUUCCUCAACUCUCUCCACUCACACGUCAACGCAUGGAUCAAAGCCAUCCAAGCAGUGACCAAGCUCACGAGAGACGUUUCCUCUGGCACGGCAUCGCAAGAGAUCAAUUUCUGGUUGAGCCUUGAGAGGGCAUUGGAGGGGAUAGAGGCCCAGUUGAGGAGCGAGGAGGUGGGGAUGGUCAUGGAUGCACUGAGGAAUGCAAAGAGGUUUCAUGCCACUGUUAGUUUUAUUGCUGAUACCGGGUUGAAGGAUGCUACGGAUCUCGUGCACAAGUACAACCAGCUAAUGAAAGACUUUCCACUCAACGACCUUCUCUCCUCCACAGACCUCGACAAAGUGCACGAAUCGCUCACACUCAUCUUCUCCCACCUAAACCGAAAACUCAAACUCUCUCCCUACCCAAUCCGUCGAGCUCUUCCACUCGUUGAAGCAAUAUCACGAGAUUUCAACGACGUUCUCCUCCGGAUCCUAACAUCCCACCGGCUAGCGUACACACCUUACCCCACCUUUGAACGUCUCCUCGCACAAACGACGGGGAUAUUCAGGACGUGGGAUGAUCUCAUCAAAGAGUUUACGAACGUCGCGAGGGAGGUGACGAGGAAGAGGAGUGAGAAGUUUAUUCCGAUAAAGGUUGUUCCGGCACAUGGGAAGCUUGUGGAACGGGUGAGGUAUUUGAGGGAGUGGAGGAAGCAGCAUGAGCAGUUGGCUGUUAUGACGGGCCCGACGAGGGGGUUGGGGGUUGGCCUUGGGGGAGAAGGAGGUGUUGGAGGAGGGAUGGAUAUGGAGGAGGAGGUUAAGGAGGCUUAUGAGGUUGUCAAGCGGAUUGAUGUUUUGGACGUUAGUGUUGAGGGCACCGAGAUAUGGGUAACAGCUGAAAACGCGUACAACGAGCGUGUGUCUCGCGUCGAGAACCAGAUUAUUGCCAGGCUCAGGGAUAGGCUUGGCACGGCGCGCAAUGCGAAUGAGAUGUUUAGGGUUUUCUCAAAGUUUAAUGCGCUUUUCGUUAGGCCAAAGAUUCGUGGUGCGAUACAGGAGUACCAGACUCAACUUAUUGAUUCGGUAAAGGAGGACAUCAAGCACUUGCACGACAAGUUCAAAACCCAGUACCGCUUCUCUGAAGCCUACCACAUGGCUCAAAUGCGCGACCUACCCCCAAUAGCAGGAGCCAUCAUCUGGGCCCGCCAAAUCGAACGACAACUGCUCACAUACAUGAAACGCGUCGAAGACGUCCUCGGUAAAGGCUGGGAGCUCUACGCAGAAGGUCAAAAACUCCAAUCCGAAUCCUCGGCAUUCCGCAAAAAACUGGACACCCGACCCGUAUUCGAUGCAUGGCUGCACGACAUCAACCGUCGGGACAUGGGCGUUGGCGGGCGUUUAUUCGAGAUUGUUCGUUUGAGCCGAGGAGGGGGGUUCCAGUUGGCGGUUAAUUUCGAUCCGCAGAUUAUUACCCUCUUCAAGGAGGUCAGGAAUUUGCUUUGGGCGGGCUUCCAAGUUCCGCAUGCGAUUACGAAUAUGGCGAAGGAUGCGAAGAGGGUUUAUCCGCAUGCUGUUAGUUUGAUGGAGACAGUGAGGACGUAUGGACAGACGUUGGAUUUGGUGGAGAAGAAUAGGGGAAUUGAGUGGUUGGUGGCGGAGUAUAGGAAUGAGUCGCAGAGGAUGAUUGGGAAAGGGAUGAACAUCCGCUGGGAUCACUUUGUGAACCAGUAUGAUACGACGCGAUAUGUGUCUAGUGCGGAUGGGAGGGAUAAUCGGCAUAUACAGUUCGUGAGGGAGUUUGCGAGCGUCAUAUCCGUUCUUCAGGACAAAACAAACAACGUGAUUGAUCUGUACAAGGACAUCCUCCGCGCAGUGGAAGACCUCUCAACGUGCUCGUAUACAUCUGAAGCGUUCUCAGAGUUGCUGGGCAAAGUGCAGGCUGCCAUCGACCGCCUGAACCUGGAAGGAUACGCGAACCUCGAACACUGGGUUGCAGAGCUAGACAAGCGGAUUGAAGGGAUCCUUCUCCAGCGGCUGACGCAUAUCAUCCAAGUUUGGUGUGCCGAGUUUGAUAGGGUGGAUGAUAGCGAUACUCGGAGGGAUUUGCUGCUUGUUAGGGAUAUUGCGAGUAAGAGGAGGGGGGAUAAGCGGAUGAAGGAGGAGAAGUUCAUGGAGGGACAUAUGACGCUGAAGCCUAUCGUGCAUGAGAUCAGGAUACAGAACCAAGUCAUCUUUUUGGACCCACCUAUAGAGUAUGCGAGGUCUACGUGGAUUAGGCAGUUGCAUGAUUGGCUUGGCGUUAUCUGUAGGCUGAGGAGGAUCCAGAGUUCUCGGUACGAGAUUGGUCUGCAGAUGCAGGGAGCGUCGUCUGCAGAGACGACGUACACGUCAUUGUUGACCCGUUUCACGGACAACACCCUCGAACGCCCUUUCGCCCUAAUAGAACAUAAAGUCCAGCAACUUAAAGACUACGUCGGCAAAUGGCUCCAAUUCCAGUCUCUCUGGGAUCUCGAGGCGGAAUACGUGUUCAACCGCCUCGGAGACUCACUCGCGAACUGGCAGCAACUCCUAACGGAAAUCAAGAAAGCGCGGUCGACGUUUGAUACGUCUGAUACCCAGAAAUCGUUUGGGGUGUGCGUUAUUGAUUAUGAACAGGUGCAGGCGAGGGUGAAUGCGAAAUAUGACGCGUGGCAGAGGGAUAUAUUGAGUCGGUUUGGAGUCAAGUUGGGGAAUGCGAUGAAGGAGAUGCAUGCCUCGAUUUUGAAGGCCCGGAAUGACCUUGAGCAUCAUUCGAUAGAGGGGCUGAUGGGUGGGGGAGGUCUUCCCGUGAGGAGGUUCUAGUCUUUUUUUCCACUUCUGAUACCCCACUGGUAUAUAUCACACGCAACUCUUAUGACGCAUCGCAUAUGUACUCUCCUCUUUUCAUUAUAAUUGGAAUAAUCAUACCUUAUCCUUCUU